AUGAAAGACAAAGGAUUUUGGGAGCUAGGCCAUUUCUGUGGCCUCGCUGUUUUAAUUCUGUCGCUGCGUCUUGCUCAUGGAGACUUGAGCUAUUCUGUUCCGGAGGAGAUGAAACACGGGGCAGUUAUUGGAAAUAUCGCCAAGGAUCUGGGACUCGAAGUGAACCGAUUGUCUUCUCGAAAAGCCCGUAUGGACUCAGAGGGGAACCGUAAACGGUACUGUGACAUAAACCUGAGCACCGGGGAUCUGAUCGCAUCGGAGAAGAUGGACAGAGAUAGCCUCUGCGGCAAGAAAGCGUCGUGUGUUUUAAAGGUGGACCUCGUGUUGGAGAAUCCUCUGGAGCUUCAUCGUGUGAUUCUUCAUGUUCUGGAUGUAAACGACAACUCGCCGCAAUUCAAAGAUGAAUUGAUUGAAAUGGAAAUCGGAGAAUCGGCAGAGAAGGGCGCUCGUUUCUCCAUAGAGGAAGCCCACGACGCAGAUAUAGGUCAAAACUCCGUUCAAAGCUACAACUUGCAGAAAAACGACAAUUUUAUUCUGACGGUUGACAACAAUAGAGUUGAACUCGUUCUAGAACACAAACUUGAUCGAGAACGACAGCAAGAAAUGAAUUUGCUGCUCACAGCUCUGGAUGGAGGCUCUCCACAGAGAUCAGGUACUGUAGUGAUACACGUCACUGUACUGGAUGCUAAUGAUAACGCCCCAGUGUUUAGCCAGACUGUAUAUAAAGCCGUUCUGCCUGAAAACUCACCCCUGGAUACUGUUGUGGUCACCGUCACUGCCACAGAUGCCGACGAAGGGAUAAAUGGAGAGGUAACAUACGAUUUCGGACAUGUUUCCAACGAAGAUGAGAAACUAUUUUCAAUUGAUCGCAGAAAAGGGGAAAUUAAACUAAUUGGCUCCAUCGAUUUCGAGGAGGUAAACUCUUUUGAAUUGCGAAUAAAAGCAAGAGAUGGUUUGGGGCUUACGUCAUAUUCAAAGGUUAUAAUAGAUAUCACUGAUGUUAAUGAUAAUGCACCGGUGAUAUAUCUGAAAUCUCUGACUAACCCCCUGCCAGAGGGCGUAUCACCUGGUACAGAGGUUGGCAUCGUUAAUGUGCAGGACAGAGACUCAGAGAAUAACAGACAGGUCCGCUGCUCCGUUCAACAACAUGUCCCAUUUAAGUUGGUUCCCUCCAUCAAAAACUAUUAUUCUCUGGUGACCACUGCUGAACUAGACCGUGAACUAGUGUCUGAUUACAACAUUACAAUCACUGCUACUGAUGAGGGCUCUCCUCCUCUUUCCUCCUCUAAAAGUGUUCACUUAUCUGUAGCUGACGUCAACGACAACCCACCUGGGUUUGAGGAGCAGUCCUAUAACGCCUACGUGACUGAAAACAACAAACCUGGAUCUACUUUAUGUUCCGUUAGUGCCCUAGACCCAGACUGGAGACAAAACGGUACAGUGAUUUAUUCUCUUUUACCUGGGGAGGUGAACGGUGCCCCGGUGUCCUCCUAUCUCUCCGUUAACGGAGACACGGGGCUGAUCCACGCUGUCAGGUCGUUGGAUUAUGAACAGUUCAGGAGCUUUACAGUUCACGUGAUGGCGAGAGACAACGGUUCUCCUCCACUCAGCAGCAACGUGACCGUCAGUGUCUUCAUAACGGAUGUGAAUGACAACUCUCCUCAGAUACUUUACCCCGCCCCGGAGGGACACUCCUUCAUGACUGAACUCGUCCCCAAAGCAGCUCACGGGGGCUCUCUGGUGUCCAAGGUGAUAGCGGUGGAUGCAGACUCCGGACAGAACGCCUGGCUGUCCUAUCAUAUAGUCAAAUCCACUGAUCCGGGACUUUUCACUAUUGGUCUCCACAGUGGAGAGAUCAGGACACAGCGGGACAUUUCUGAAUCUGACAACAUGAAACAGAAUCUUAUUGUGGCAGUGAAAGAUAACGGACAGCCCUCUCUGUCUGCCACCUGUUCCAUGUAUUUACUGAUUUCUGAUAACUUGGCUGAAGUGCCAGAACUGAAAGACAUGUCUUAUGAUGAGACUAACUCCAAACUGACCUCUUAUCUGAUCAUCGCGCUGGUGUCAGUCUCCACCUUUUUCCUGACCUUCAUUAUUGUCAUCCUGAGUGUGAGGUUUUGUCGCAGGAGAAAACCCAGACUGUUGUUUGAUGGAGCGGUGGCCAUCCCCAGUGCUUAUCUGCCUCCUAAUUACGCAGAAGUUGACGGAACAGGAACUUUACGCAGCACUUACAAUUAUGACGCUUAUCUGACAACGGGCUCUAGAACCAGUGACUUCAAGUUUGUGAGAUCUUACAAUGACAACACACUGCCUGCAGACCAGACUUUGAAGAAAAGCAUAAGUGACUUUGCUGAGGUAUUUGGGCAGCCAGCAGAUUCCCAUGAGGUAGGCAGCGAUACAUAUUUUCAAAUAUUUGGUUAA